AUGGACGUUCAGCGCGGGGAGUUGGUUACAGACGAUGCAGGGAGGAUGGUGGAAGCCAAAGGUGGCAUUCUUUUUAUCGACGAGGCGGAGAGGCUCGUAAACAACCCCAACCCUUGCGGAAGGGACGUCUUGGAGGAAAUCAUGGCGCUACUUGGUGAUGCGAGCGAUGUGACAGUCAUCUUCGCAGGUUACCGGAAGGACCUCGUAAAGUUGUACAAUAUCAAUGAAGGCUUGGAACGGAGGAUUCACAUGGAAAUCCACCUAGACGACUACAAGCCCCACGAGCUCAUGAGAAUUUUCAUGGACAAGGCAGAGAACCACGCUGGCUACAAGUUCAUCUACAACACCAACAGGGAAUCAUUUCAAGCAAAUCUGCAGGAACGUUUCAACACAACCUUCAUGCAGAAGACAAUUCCGCGCUACAAUGCUGGCCUGGUUGAUCAUCUUAUGAACUCUGCAGCCGCAGCCAUUGCAACAAGGGCUGCGGAAGAUGAGAAUGUAGAUAGAAAACUCCUCAUCGAGCAGGAUGUAGAGCAGGCCUUUAAACAACUGGAGAAGCGCCUGCAAAAGAGAAAGACUGGCUGA